GUGACCCGGAAGUGAAAGCGCGCUUCCCCCCCCCCUCGGUUGUGUGGCUGAGUUUUUCUGGUGCUGCUUGUUUUGGAAUCUAAGCGAUCAUGUCGAGACGGGAUUGGAAGACUCUUAAAGCCCUGCAGCAGUCUCCCAAGGCGAAGCUUAGAUAUGAGACGGAAUGGAGCCUGGAUGAGGAGGAAUUGCUUGAACGCAGUAUGGCGUUGUGCAUGCUGUCACCUCACUCAGCUCGGGUGCUGGAUAAUAUAAUUUCACCGGUGCAACGCAGAACUUCUAACACCAACAGCCUGUCCGCUCAGGAAAUCGGAGACGAUGACUCCUUGAAACCAGUUUCAUUGGACUCUAGAACAGAUUUCUCAGACCUUGUUAUAGAGAAGCCCCCAGAGAGCCAUCAACCCUCAUUGAUGAAGGUGCAAACAUCCAUCAACUUGCAUUCGGAAAGAUUAGCAGAAGUGGAAGGCUCCAUUUAUUUGUACAGGGAGGCUGAAAGGAUAAAAAUGCAGAAUCAACUGCAGAAGCGCCUAGAGAUGUGUGUGCAGUAUGAAAAGAACUUUGCAGACCAGGCUGCAGAGCAGCUUAAGCGCUUUGAGGAGAUGAUGGAGCUAAAGCAGAGGCAGGAGAGGGAUAGAUUGCAGGAGCAGUUGGAGGCAGGUUCAAAGGAAGCCUUGGGGCAGCAGGAAAAGCUAAAGGAAGAACACCGGACCAGGGCCAAGCUCUUGAACAGGAAGUUGCGGGAAGCGGAGCUUCAGAGGUACCAGGAGCAGGAACGCAUCCGCCAGGAGGAAGGCCGUGAGCGUAAACGCAGGUUGUGCGAUUUGCAGCAAGAGGUGCUCCAGCUAGUGCAACAAAUUGAAAUGGACUACAAACACCAGGAGACUCUCCGCGUGGACCUCUCUACCUAUAGCCAGCGCGGGAACCAGAUAUGUGGAAUUCUGUCCAGCGUGGUGCGCUCCAGUGAGCAGAGCGGUUUUCCUACCCAGGAGGAUGUGAAUAUUGGGGAGCGAUUCUUGCAGGAGAUGCAGGCUCUGGUCAGCGCCAUGCAGCAGACAGUUAGUGCAGCUGAGGAGAGAAGGAAAGCAGAAGAAGUGGCUGACAGAGAGAAGCAGAAAGAAUUGGAGAAACAACAGCAGACAAAGGCACAAGCCCCUACCCCUGCCCCUGCUCAGACCCAGAAACAAAGCCAAAAAGAGGGACUGCAGGUAAAAGCCUCUCCAUGUAUAAUGAAGCGCUAUCAGCAGCUACAGAGUUUGCUUGAGCAGACUCUGAAUGACAUUGCCCCAUUCCAAGACUCCAAAGACUCUAAGGUUAAGGCCGUCAGGGUGGAACUUCAGAAAGCUGUCUAUAUUCCAGUCAGCCAGAUCUCUACAGAAUCUGCUUCUAAAAUGAAGGAGACUUUUGAAAAAUUAAAUAACCUGCUUAUGGGUAAACGGGUCUCCUCCUGUGGCUCCACUGUGAUCUCCGUGUCUCAGCAUCCGCAAGCCCUGAACUUUGUAUACUACAAGCUAGCAGAGAAGUUUGUGAAACAAGGAGAGCAGGAAAUAGCUUCCCAUCACGAAGCAGCGUUUCCAUUAGCAGCUGUGGCUUCUGGUAUCUGGGAGCACCACCCUCAGGUGGGGGAGCUGUUUCUGGCACAUCUGUACAAGAAGUGUCCAUAUGCUGUGCCUUUUUACCCUGCACAUAAGAAAGGAACCCCCAUUGAAGAAUAUCGGAGGAUUCUGGGAUACGAAGUGGAGGAUUCUCAGGUUGAAUCACAGGACAACUUCCUAAAAAGGAUGUCGGGAAUGAUUCGCCUCUAUGCUGCUGUCAUUCAGAUACGUUGGCAGUAUGGCUUGAAGCAAGAGUCUCAUCCUCAUGGGCUGAAUUAUGCGUGGCAAUGGCUGGCCCAGCUCCUGAACUUGGAGCCCUUAGCUGACGUCACUUCUACUCUUCUUUACGAUUUCUUAGAGGUGUGUGGAAAUGCAAUGAUGCUGACAUACCAGGACCAGUUUGUGAAAUUACUGCUGCUGAUCCAAGAGGAAUAUUUACCCAGGAUUGAAAUGAUAAGCACCUCAGAACAAAUGGGGUCUGUCGCUCGACUUAAACUAUUUCUAGAGAACUCCAGGAAGAAGAGAGAAAUUCCCUUACCCAAAGGAUAUCUGAAUCAGUCCUUCUGGAGAUCCUGAGUUUGUGCUGUUCCUUUCUCCAUGAUGAAGCCUUCUCCGCCAUUUAUUUAUGUUUUAAUUUUUUUUUUGGCUUAGAUGUGGCCUAACUUUAUAAAAGGAUGCCCAACCUGAGGCAUUCUAGAUAUAGAAAUACAGCUCCCAGUGCUUGCUCUCGGGGAUGCUGAGAGUUCAGCAAUGGCUGGAGGGCUGCAUAUACCGAAGGGGCACUAGGAUCAGAAACAUUUAGAUCCUGGUUUUAGUCCCCUAAGAUAGAUGCAGCCUCCAACCAUUGCUGAACCCUAUUUCCCUAGAGCAAGCAAUGGGAGCUCUAUUGCUGUAUUUCCCUUUCAAAAUUGGCAGUCUGCAUGGGCCUAUGUUAUGCAACAUCUAGUUACUAGAAACAGCCUUAAUGGUCCUAUCUAUAAUAAGCAAAACAAAGAGUGGGACGUAUGGGUUACCCUUAUUCUAAACUGGUUGCAUUUAAAUGACACCUCCCCAGCUGAAUAAUUAAGAAAUAUCCCCCAUAUUUCACAUGAUCUGUUAACCCUACAAUAACCAAAGGGAAUGCUGAAUUUUCUUGUAUAGCUUGUGCCUUAUUUGUCAUAUUAGCUGGGCUGUCUAUGCUCAUUCAUAGAGGGGACCCAGCAUAGUUAGAUAAGCACUUGUUUGGUGAAGUGUGUUAGUGGGUAGGAUGCGCUAUGCAUGCAUUAAAAUCCAUUAAGAGUCCCCAGGGGCAUAGAAAUGCAGUGCUUCUAUCUGUUGAUUGAUUUGUAACUGGGCAGAUCACUUUCUAGACAUUUAUAUCCGGACCCUGCAACUAAAAGGCACUUUGGGAAUUGGCCAAAAACUGCUUCCAGUUAUCCUAUAGAUAUACAAAGAUGAAACUGAAUCUGAAAUGUAUUAUUAAUGAUAUGCAUAGUAUAGGUUACAUUGGCAGGAAUUCUGCUGAGCCUUUGUGCUGGUGACCUAGAAAAUAAUGUGUUAUGUUUAUACUGUUGGGUAUAAUGUUAAAUUGUAUGAAGUGUUCAACUUUUCUACCACAUUCAUUUCUGUGUCACGUUUGGCGCAGCAGUAGUCAGAGUUCUAUGUGUGCCGUAGCCAUUAGGCAAAUAGUUCCCGUUCAGUGUUCAUUAAUUCAGUAUUCAUUAAAGGACAAGGAAAGUCAUAAACAGGGGGUGUAACUUGUUGGGGACACCUCAGGUAAUAGUCGCUAGCCUUAGAACCCGGGCCACUACUUUUCUUUACUGAAAAACACACUGCCCCAUGGUACCUUCUAUGGAAGCUUCAGUGCUGCCAUGAUAGUAGUAUUCUGAUAGAAGGAACCCUGGGCUGAUGUAUUUUAAGGUUUGGGGAAGGGGGUAAGAUUCAUAAAAAAUGUCACCCCAGCUUUCCUUCUAUGUGAUCAGUGAUGAAAAAGAUACUGAUAAAUCAAGUUGGUCGGACAGAAAAAACUGAAUACCAACUGUCUGGCUUUGAUGUUUUUGUGUUUUUUAGGCUAGGGCCUGAUGGGGCCGAAAUCAGCCUGCUGAAAUCCACAGGCUCAUUUCAUCCCCUGACUGCUAGCAGAAUCCUCUUUGUUUGCGUGUAAAAUCCUUGUUUUGGCUUCAGUGUGUGAAUAUACUUUGCAAAUUUCAGCAAAGAAAUGCAAAAUUUGGAUUUCACAGCAAAAUUUGCCGGACAAGGCUUCCCGACGCGAACAAAGGCUAGCAGUCAGGUAGCCGAUCUGGCCCUAUCCUUAGCAGCUGAAUUUUGUGAAGGUUUCACUGUGAAUAUAGUCUUAACAAAAUAAAAUGAAAACUUGAUACCUUUC